CCAGGUCUCACACACGGAGAAUACUUGCAUUAAGAUUAGACUCUUUCAACAAUUUAAAGUUGGACUCAUCCAGCCUGGGUCUGUUACUCUGUAUGACUACUACAAUCCCAAAAGUCGUUGCACUAAGUUCUACCAUGUUGAUGAAGACAGCAAACUCCCUAGGAAGAUCUGUAAGGGCGAUGAGUGCCGCUGUGCUGAGGGUAAUUGUGUUAUGCAGCAGAAGGUGACAGAGGAGAUCACAGCCCUUUACCGAUACGAACAAGCAUGUGCUGUUGGUGUGGACUAUGUGUAUAAGGCAACUCCUGAGGAGGUUAAAAUCCAAGACAACUUUAACACUUAUGUGAUGAAAAUUCUGGAAAUCUUUAAACCAGGAAAAGACAUUGUGAAGCCAGAAGAUAAGCGAGAUUUCAUUAGCCAUGUUAAAUGUAAAGAUCUCUUAGAUUUGAAGACUGGAAAAAAUUAUCUAAUGUGGGGUGUUUCAACUGACCUUUGGCAAACAACGUCUGGAUACAACUACAUGGUUGGAAAUGAAACAUGGGUGGAGUGGUGGCCAACGGAUAGAGAAUGUCAGGAUAGAAAGAACCAAAAGCAAUGUGAUGACUAUUUCGAACUGUCUGAAACAUUAUCCGACUUUGGCUGUUAAUCAUGAAGAACCAGGAGUGUUUCUCUUUCAUAACAAGCAAAAUUAUCCCUAUUCCUCCUUCCCUAUCUGUUUUGUUUUAAUUUUGUAUGCUAUUAAAAACGGAUGCCUGA